GGACUGUGAAGGCGGCAUCAUUUGAUCCUGAGCUGAAGUUGAAAUUUGGACAAGAAACUUCCGGAUCUCUAUUGAAGAACAGUCACUUACCUGCAGAAUUCCCUCUGAAUUCCUGUGACCUCUGACCUUUAUUAUGGCAUCCACAUCUGUCACCACCAUCGGUGGAGUGGUGGUUGUGACUCAAGUCAUCCCCAAGGAUGAGGCCUCCAUCCCGCUCCAGAACGCCGGCAGAGCUACCACACCUGCCCCGCCCCCUCCCACAAAGACCCCGCCUUCCCCGGUGAAAAUGGACGAAAUGACCACCACCUUCAUGCGGGGACAGCCGCACGCUCUGGGGGUUGUUCAGAUCAUAAUUGGCCUGCUGUGCAUCCUGUUCAGUCUGACUGCCGCCUACUCAUGGAGCAUGAUCGCCUACUCCCCGUUUGCCCUCGGCGCCGCUUUUGUGGUCUCUGGCUCUGUGUCUGUGGCAGCUGGGAGACGGACUUCCAUCACGCUGGUUUGGGGGUCUCUGGUGUCCAACAUUGUAAGUGUUUUGAUUGGUCUGGCUGGUGUGAGCUACACCUGCUGGCUGCUUGCCGAAUGCCCCCCCUCCUAUCGCUUCUGUGACUACCAAAGCUUCAACCAGUUCGCGGAAACUGAACACCUGAGGAGCAGAUGCAGCCAAAAGUUGUGGGCGCUGGAUGUGGUUCUUUACGGGAUUAUCGGCCUCUUCCUGGUUCUGCUCGUGCUGCAGACGUGUGUCACUAUUGUUGUCUGUGUUUUCUCUGCCAAAGCCAUCAGACUCCACAAACCGUGUGUCAUGGUGGACCAUGAUGAUUACAGAGGUCUGCUGACCGCUGCAGCGUUGGAGCACAACAGCGAUGACGCCCUGUUGGACGUGUCGUCCUGAGAGGGGAGGAGAAAUCCUCUGAAGACCACUACAGAUACUACAGCAGUACUGCAGUAAAACUGAAGACGACCCUGUAUCUCUUUUCUUACACUUAAUCACUUUUCACUGUGUCACUGGCACCUCUUCUGCCUUAUUAUACUGCAUAUUGAUAAAGGCACAUCAGAAUGGUCAAACAGCAUUGAUCAGGUGAUUACUGACACUGACUUUAAAUCCCACUUUUUUUUCCCUGUAAUGCAGAAUUCAGCAGUAAAUAUUAAAAGAAUGAAUGUUUCUUUCUCAGCAAAGCAUGAUUAAAAUGAUACUUUUUAAAGGGAGCCUGGGGAGUUGGUGAAAGUUGCCCAAAGUGAAAAUGUUUACAUGUCAGUGUGAUGUUUCUGUGCCGUCUGGCCUUAAAUAUGAAUGUGAGACAGAGCCGAGCCUCCUCCAUAACGAGGACAAACAUGUCCUCUGAUUCUUUGUGAUUGCCAAGAAUUAAAGAUCUAUCAGCUACAACAGCUGUCCAAAAUGAUUUAUACUGAAUGUUGUUUUUUGUCUGUCAAUAAAGCUUUCAGGAAGCCU